CCCGAGCCGAGAUACAAGGCUAUAUUGAGGAGGCAUUCUGGAUAGGAGCAUCACCAUGAUUUGAUCCAUCAUUCCCAGGGAGUAAGACCAUUCUCUGUUCUCUGGAUCUCCCAUUGCAGAUGUCGUAGGUUUUGGUAUAUCUUGAUACAAGCAUGAAUUUCGAACUUCCAUCUGAUCUUCAAUCAUACCUGUCUCGUCUCGAUGCCUUCAUUAAGGACAAGAUCCUCCCAUUACAGCACAAAGACGACAACAAUCGAUUCUUCGACCACCGGCGUGAAGCCUCUCGAACGCAAUGGGACAAUCAAGGCCUCCCCACCGAGGAAUGGGAAGACAUACUCCGCCAGGCGCGCAAACUCGCUGAUGAAGCAGGCUUCUAUCGGUUCGCUUUCCCCAAGGAAUUUGGGGGAACAGGUAGCGAUUCACAGAAUCUGUACAUGAGUGCGAUCAGGUACCAUCUGGCCUCCCAUUCUGUGUACGGAGGCGGCGUGAGUCUUGCGAACGACCUGCAGAACGAGCACAGCGUGGUCGGCAACAACCCCAUUGUCAUUAUGCUCUACCACUACGGCACGCCAGAGCAGCAGCGGACGUUUAUUCCAGCCAGUAUCCGAGGCGAGUUCAGAGCAACCUUCGGAUUGACGGAGAUCCAUCACGGCUCGGACGCCACGCAUAUGGAUACCACGGCGAAACCGAUCACCAUGCCGUCUGGAGAACCUGGAUACUCGAUUAGUGGCAACAAGAAGUGGCAAACUGGUAUGCACAGCGCAACGCACUGCUUGAUAUUCGCGCGGACUUCCGGCAAGGCUGGCUCACCGAAGGGUAUUACUGCGUUCGUUGUCCCUAGAGAUACGCAAGGCUUAACGGUACAUUCGUACCAAUGGACGCUCAAUAUGCCCACGGAUCAUGCGACGGUUCUGCUUGAGGACGUCAGAGUUCCUGCAUCUGCCAUACUAGGUCCUGUAGACAACGGCCUGGCCAUUGCGCAAACUUUCACGCACGAAAAUCGCAUCCGCCAGGCCAGUUCGAGUUGCGGAGCAGCGCGGUAUUGCAUUGAUCGGAGCGUUGAGUACGCUAAGAAGCGCACAGUGUUUGGAAAGCCUCUGGCAUCGAAUCAGGCUAUACAGUGGCCACUGGUGGAGUUGUCGACACAGGCUGAGAUGUUGAGGCUUCUGAUCCUUCGCACAGCUGUCGAGAUGGACCAAGUCACAGCCGCAUGCAAGGCCAACGGCCAAGCGCCAUGGGUUGCCAUUGAGAAACAGCUGGGCCAUAAAAUUGGGAUGUGCAAUUACUAUGCCAACCGACUGGCGACAGAAGCGGCCGAUCGAGCCAUACAAGUACACGGUGGAGUUGGCUAUUCCAGGCAUCAUCCCUUUGAGCAUAUUUGGAGACACUUCAGAAGGUAUCGGAUCACCGAAGGAAGCGAGGAGGUUCAAAUCCGAAAAGUUGCUGCUUAUUUGUUUGGAUAUAAGACGACGGGUGAAGAAGGUGAGAAAAGUAGCACGGAAGAAGAGUUGAAGAGGAGCGAGUCCAAACUGUGACAUGUCAAGCCCGUAGAUAGGACAGUUGGGGUAACAUAAGAUAUAUGCUUC